AUGGAGCACGAAAAGAUGCUGAAGCCCACUGUCAGCUAUCAUCUGUUCCUGUACCGCGUCGAGUUGGCCCGUCGGAAUGCCCGGCAGCUGCGGCUUUCCCGCACCAAAAUCGAGAUCACGGACGAGCUCAUCUCCAAUACGGUGCGCAAUCUGAAGACGUGCAGCAUGGACGACCUGAAGGCGGUCAACCGGGAGCUUCUGUUCAAGCGGAAACUGCGGAGCAACGUGUCCAAGCUGAAAAAGGAGGCCAAGCGGCAGCAGCGCCAAGAGAACGAAGACAACUCGCCCAAACAGGAUUAG